CCGCCGGCCCCGCCCCGGCCCGCCCCGCCCUUCGCAGGUUCAGCCCCGGCGUCCGGCUGCAGUGCUUUCAGUAUAGCUCGCACCUUCCCUCUCCACGGUGGCUGCUAACAGCGGGUUGCGCAGCGGAGGGGCCCGAGCUGGGGGCAAGCCGGGAGUCCCCGGCCUUGGGCGCCUUCACGCAAUCUCAGAGCGGAUAAUGCUGUGAACUGGCGCCGCGCCCGCCGACCCUGCUGGAUCUGCGCGUGGCGGGCAGGGACUGCGUGCGCCCUCGGAAAGUGUCGGUGCCGGGCGCCUGGCCCCGGGGCCAGCGGCUGGGAUCCUUGGCGCCGCUGGUUUCUCUAUGCUGUGGAAGGGAUUGGUGGAUAUAACAGGCUCUCCAGAAAGUUCUGCUUGGUUGUAAGUCCAGAAGGCCUGUUAGACCUCCGUCUUGUUUCAGAGUCACUUCUGAAGCUACUUGAGAAAAAUAAUGUGACAGUUCCUAUCAAAAAGUAUACUGGGAAACAUAAAGCCUUCGUGAAGAAAGUGGCCCUUUUUCCAUUUUGCAAAAUCAGUGUUCUCCAAUUCCAAAAUGCCAGCCAAGACCCCAAUUUACCUGAAAGCUGCCAAUAACAAGAAAGGAAAGAAAUUUAAGCUGAGGGACAUCUUGUCUCCAGAUAUGAUCAGCCCUCCCCUUGGAGACUUCCGCCACACCAUUCACAUCGGCAAGGAGGGCCAGCAUGACGUCUUUGGAGACAUUUCCUUUCUUCAGGGGAACUAUGAGCUUCUACCUGGAAACCAGGAGAAGGCACACAUGGGCCAGUUCCCUGGGCAUAAUGAGUUCUUCCGGGCCAACAGCACCUCUGACUCCAUGUUCACAGAAACACCCUCGCCAGUGCUCAAAAAUGCCAUCUCCCUCCCAACCAUCGGAGGGUCCCAGGCACUCAUGUUGCCCUUAUUGUCACCAGUGACAUUCAAUUCCAAACAGGAGUCCUUUGGCCCAGGAAAGCUGCCCCGGCUUAGCUGUGAGCCAGUCGUGGAAGAGAAGGCUCCAGAGAAAAGCAGUCUGUUGGAGAAUGGGACGGUCCACCAGGGGGAUGUCUCAUGGGGCUCCAGUGGGUCAGCAUCCCAGUCCAGCCAGGGCAGGGACAGCCACUCCUCCAGCCUCUCUGAACAGUACGCCGACUGGGCGGCUGAAGAUAUGUUUGACCAUCCCGCCCCAUGCGAGCUCCUCAAAGAAAAGACUAAAUCAGAGGAGUCCCUCUCUGAUCUCACAGGUUCCCUCCUCUCCCUGCAACUUGAUCUUGGGCCCUCAUUUCUGGAUGAGGUGCUGAAUGUCAUGGAUAAAAAUAAGUAACAGGACUCUGCAGGCUCUUUUCCAUUGGAAUAAAAUGUAUCAAAAAACCGACAAAACUAAACCGUUGAAGAGAAGAGCUUUGCAGGCUGUAUUUGUUGUCAUGUGAUGGGUUUUCUAAAAUAACGUUCCUAUAAAAUAUUUUUUUACCUGGUAUGCCCUGUUUGCAAAAACAGUUAAAAAAAAAAAAAAAAGCCCAUCCUGGCAAAGAGGAAGUGAAUCAGAACCCAUUUCUGGCAGGCACUGGUGAUGUACAGUUCACAUUUUUUGUUUCCAGACACAUAAGAAAUCUGGCUUGGCCAGGAUUGGCACUACUUAGCUAUGAAGGGCUGUGCCAAUCAUAUUAAGGACUUUUACAGUACUCAUGUUCUGAGCAAGAGGAAAUCAACAUUUAUUUAACACCUAAGCCUUUUUUCUAGACUCUUUUUCUAUAUUGUAUUGUUUGGACUCACCAGAGCAAAUUCUUCAGUGUUAAAACUUUUCUCUGUUUUCACAUUUGAACAAUUUUAUGGGUUUUGGGGAUUUGCUUGUAGCUCUUAUAUAUCCCUAUAUAUAAUAUCUAUAUCGUGAAAUUUUGACUGUCAGCUACAUGUUGGUAAGACACAAGCAAAGUAUUACUGUAACUAAGUUAUUUUUAAAGUUAAAAUAUAUUUUUAUGUGCCUUCAGCUUUUUAUUGCAAAGUCUACAUUUUAUAGAUAUUACAUCAAAUGUGGUCAUUUGACUUCUUUCCAUUGGGGUUCCAUUGUAAGCUGUGUAUUAGUGUAUGUUUGGAAAGUGUAUUCAUACUUAGCUUUUUUUUUUUCUUCAUCUGUUAUCAUACUUUUCACAGCAGCCAACAAUGGACUGUAAAGUGUAAAGGCACAGGUUACUCACGUUGCUUCUGCAGAGACUGUGGGCUACACCACAUGAUGUUAUUUGGAAAUGUGGGUAUUUUAGUUCAGUACAUACUUGCAUUACAUAGGUACUUCAUACAACACAAUAAAGAGUAAAUGUUAAAAUCAA